CGCCGGCAUCGGAACGAACGUCUUUGAUGCGCUGUUGAACGUCGCGAGCGUCUCCGUAUACUUUUACGUAGUUUAAUUCGUAACGUGCGAAAUAUCCAUAGACAAGAACUUUUUGGCUCGCUUAUUUUUUAUUAAAUUUUUUGUUGUUGAUUUAGUGUCUUAGAAUUUUUUAUUUUCCUCAAGACACGGUCAUCAUGAGCAGCCAAGUGGAUGGGAUGGAGUUGGAAACUCUUUAUCAACGUUAUUGUAUACGGCUUAAACACGCUCUUUUUUUGUCCUGUCUAACUGUUUCCACUAUUACAUCUAUUGGACUACUUAUCGCAACAUGUGUUAUAAAUGCUCAGGACCUGAACAACGGCUUGGAGUCGGUAAUAGUGAUGUCAAUAUUGGCGUUCACAUUGAUUUCAAUACUGAUGGCCUCCCAAUUCCCGAUAAUCAUGGAAUCCGAAGCUUGGGCCCUAAUUUCGUCGCUUCUAAUAACGGGCGUGACGACGACAGCGAUGUUAGUGCUUGCCGGGCGGCACGCACCACUUCCUCUUUUUGCCCUGCUGGUGGCCAUCCACACCAUGCUGCCACUCUCGAGGGCCGUGGCGCUCGCGCUGGCCACCAUCGUCACCGUUGCACACAUGGCAACUUCUGUCGCCUAUCGGCUCGCCAGCGACAAUAACGACCCCUACUACGAGCAGCUGGUCCCGGAAGCUGUGAUGCUAGUGGCAGCGAGUGCUACCGGCCUCUACUACCGGCACAUGACAGAGGGUGCCCAUCGUCGCACCUUUGUCGGUACGAGGACGUGCAUUGAAUCCAGAGUCAAGUUGGAAUGCGAGAAGGAGCAGCAAGAACAGCUUUUACUCAGCGUCAUUCCGGCCUACAUUGCUGCUGAGGUUAAGCGAAGCAUCAUGUUGAAAAUGGCCGACGCUUGUCAGGAACAAUCGAACAGAAGCUUUCACGAAAUGUAUGUCCAGCGACACAAUAACGUUUCGAUACUUUACGCGGACAUUGUUAAUUUCACCCCGCUGUCCGAGCAAUUGUCUGCUAGCGACCUCGUCAAGACUCUCAACGAGUUGUUCGGAAGAUUCGAUCAGAUUGCCCAGGACAACCAGUGCAUGAGAAUUAAAAUCCUGGGAGAUUGUUACUACUGCGUAUCGGGACUGCCGGUCUCUAGGCCCAACCAUGCUUACAACUGCGUCAACAUGGGCUUACAAAUGAUUGAAGCAAUCAGGUUCGUCCGGGAAGCGACAGGAUUUAACGUGGAUAUGAGAAUCGGAAUACACACCGGAAACGUAUUGUGCGGCGUUCUAGGCUUAAGGAAAUGGCAGUUCGAUGUUUGGAGCGAUGACGUUACACUUGCCAAUCACAUGGAGUCUGGAGGAAUUGCAGGGAGAGUUCAUAUAACAAAAGCAACGUUGGAUCAAUUAGGAGAUAGGUUUAAAGUGGAACCAGGGGACGGCAUCAGUAGGGAAGGUUAUUUGGCAGAUCAUAAAAUUGAAACCUUUCUUAUUAUUCCACCAAAGAAGGCGUCAGAUGGCGAGGUGCAGAACGGAAACGUCACGGCAGGUUUAUCUUCGGAAUCGGAUCGCCGCUGCAGCAUGAACGACGCGUCGGGAAUGAAUUCGGCGACGCCUGGCGGCCCUCCGACCCGCUCCCGACCCUCCAGCAAGAUGACCAAGUACGUGGAAUGCUGGGGGGCGGACAAACCAUUCGCCAACAUUGCCGAGUCUACUCUUGCAAAAAAUAUCGAAUUGACGUCAACUUCAUACCUACAGACUCUCGCAAUGAUUGAGUCGAAUUUGUUGCCUGACAGAAAUACGUGCCUGGAAUGCAAGAAAUGGUGGAACAGCGAAGAGAUUCACCCUGCAGUGCUGUGGUUCGAAAACAGAAAGCAUGAGCGCGAAUACCGCAGCCAGCCGGAUCUCGAGUUUCGCUACUACAUCGCGUGCGCCUCCUUCAUUUUCAUGGCGAUGUGUAUCAUGCAGAUUGCCACAAUACCUAGAAAUAUUGUGUUAUACGGAACUCUUGCGCCAACAUUGGUCGUGCUCAUAAUAUUCGUGUACCUUUGCUGGUUGGACGGUUGUUGUGGACCGAGACCACCCUCGGAUACACCAAUGGACGAACCAUGGGACUGUUCACCACCAGGUCAAAUAGUCGCUGAAAGCAGGUGUCUACGAUUGGCGAUUUUCCUGGUGUCUGUUACGCUUAUAUCCAUAUGUGCUGUUAUUACAUUGGUUGACGUUAAUCCCUCAGCUAUAUUGAUACUACCAUAUAAUAAAACUGAUUGGGCCGCAACAAAUAUAUCUGCAUUUAAUGGUACAAAUUUAACGUUCAGUGUAGAUUUGCCUGAAAUAAUACCUCCCAUUGUUCAUUAUGUGCCAACUUACCUGUACAGUUCAGCUUUGGUCCUAGCAGCUAUCUCUGUAUUCCUUAGGUUGGGAUUUAUCUUAAAGUUAUUUUUAAUGGUGACAUCCUUAGUAAUUCAUAUCCUAAUAUACAGUUAUUUAGAAUUUUUCCAUGAUUAUCAUGACCAACACGAUGACAAGUUUCCCAAAAUACGAUUUGAAAUAAAAUCUGCGCUGGUUUUAGCACUUAUCGCAAUAUUUUUCCAUAUUCUUGACAGACAAAUUGAAUUUACGUCCAGGACGGAUUAUUUAUGGAAAGCGAAGCUAAAAGUCGAACAAGAAGAAGUUGAAACCAUGCGGGGAAUUAACAAAAUUUUGUUGGAAAACAUUCUGCCGGCCCAUGUUGCCGAACAUUUUUUGCUAACAAGGGCAAACCAAGAGUUGUAUCACGAGCGGUACUCAUGUAUAGCAGUUAUGUUUGCUUCAAUCCCCAACUACAAAGAGUUCUACGACGAGAGUGAUGUAAAUAAACAAGGAUUGGAAUGUUUGAGAUUGCUCAAUGAAAUUAUUUGUGAAUUUGAUAAGUUAUUAUUAAAACCAAAGUUUAGCUGUAUUGAGAAAAUAAAAACAAUAGGCAGCACCUACAUGUUGGCCUCUGGAUUAAGGCCAGGAAAGGAAGAACAAAACAAGGCAUCAAAAAAAGAAGAACAUAUCAUUGUAGCUUUGGUAGACUUUGCUCUUCUACUUAUGUCCAGUUUAGAUCAAAUUAACCGAGAUGCUUUUCAAAGAUUUAAACUAAGAGUUGGAUUAAAUCAUGGUCCAGUAAUAGCUGGCGUGGUUGGGGCGCAGAAACCUCAGUAUGACAUAUGGGGCAACACUGUAAACGUCGCAUCCAGGAUGGAUUCAUGCGGCCUAAUGGGAAGGAUCCAAGUGACUGAAGACACGGCGAAGAUUUUGAUGAAUGUCGGAUACUCCUUGGAAUGCCGAGGUCCGACUUAUGUCAAAGGCAAAGGCACACUUACAACUUAUUUUAUUAAGACUCAGUUCGAUGAGAAGUAAAUUUUAUGAGUAGAUCUCCUUAUUAAUCCAAUCAUACCUUCUCGUUAUAAUUUGUGUUAAAAUGGGAUAGGUGCAUAGAUAAUACAUUAUUUAUUAAUAUUUAUUACUUAGAUAAUUUUAUUAUUCCAAAGUAGGUAUCUCAAAACUGAAUAAAGACUUUUUGGAUAUUUUGG